AUGGACAGGACGGAGAUCCUGGAUCAUUGCUGCAACACAUUCGAACAUGUUGCAGUGGUGUUGAAAGACCGACCAGAUAUCAUACUCAAACUCAAAAAGAUGUGUAAAACCCUUAGAGCCGGAGGAUUUCGUGCGUCACGUUGUACGUCCACGACAAAGCCGGAAGGUACUUCUCCCGGAAUUCCAAACGGUUUGCAUCGAUCAGGUAGUAGUGCUUUCUCACCGGUCAUUCCGACGAAAACUGUGAAGCGAUCUAAUCUCGUGCAUUCUACCCCUGUCGCUAUUGGAAGGAAUUCAUUCUACCCUGACGGAAAGGAAUCACCUCAGCUGAUCGCCAACCACAAUUACGUUAAUCCAACCACAACCAUGCCAGUAAAUCAUUCUUCUUCGGUGAUCAGUUCAGACUAUUGUACACAGUACAUAGAACCGAUAAAUGCUUAUCCGCGCUCAACUUACACCCAAUCCAUCAGCAAAACAGAUUCGGGAUUGGAUGCUACUUUCUUGUCAGAAUCAUCGAGAAACAGAAGUAGCGCAUCUUCGGUCCCGGUCACGUUUCUUUCAUCCCAAGAAACAAUAUGGAAACCGUAUAUUUAG